AUGUCAGUUUACUACACUCAAUGGUCUCUGGUUUUAAAUCUUGCCAUUAGCUUAUCAGCCAUUGCUCUCUAUGCGUUAUAUCGAUGUCUCCUUCCAACGCCCAUCCGUGGAAUACCCUACAACCCGGAUGCUGCCAAGAGAUUGCUAGGCGAUGCGCCGGACAUGCUCCGUGAAGUUAGUGCUACGGGCGAGUUUGGCGUUUGGUGCGCCAAACAAGUAGAGAAAAUGAACUCGCCAGUGUGUCAAGUGUUCAUUCGCCCAUUUGCAAAGCCGUGGAUUCUCGUUGCGGACUUUCGCGAAUCACGGGAUAUCUUAAUGCGGCGCAGGGAGUUCGACAAGUCAAAGUUCAUAUCGGAUGGAAUGGCCUGUCUGGGAGACUUCCAUGGCCUAUUCCAAACAGGCGAUGCUUUCAAAUCAAACAGGCAACUUGUGCAAGAUCUCAUGACGUCCAGCUUCCUGAACAACUUCGCGGGUCCAGCCAUCCAUGACAUGGGUCUGGAGCUUGUAGAGCUCCUUGGGAUGAAAAUGAAAUUGGCCAAUGGAAGGCCAUUCAGUGUCAGUGCCGACAUCGAAUAUACCGCGGUUGAUUCUAUGCUAAGGUUUGCCUUUGGAGAAAAUUGGACAGAAACGACCCUUGGCCCGCAAAUCGAUCUUUUAAGACAUAUUGAGCCUUCCGACAUAGGAGAUGGUGACCUUGACAAGGCUGUAGAUUUUCCCAAGUUUGAGCUGGACGGAUUUCUCUGGUCAAUAUACGAAACGCCUAAGAUCAUGGAAAGAGCAACUGUAUCAUGGUUUCCAAAGUUGAGCUUUUGGUGGUGGAGCAAGCAGUCCUGGUACAAGAAGGUUUUUGCCCAGAAAAAUCAAGUACUCAAGGAACAGGUACGGAAAGCUAUCGACAACUACCGCAGUGGCCGCGUGAAGUCAGCUGUCGAGCACAUGUUAAUGAGAGAAGCGGCAAGAGCAGAAAAACAUGGCCAAGAGCCAGACUUCCAUAGUCACAUUAUAGCCGACGAGAUAUUUGGAGACAUUGUUGCGGGUCACCACACUACAAGUGGUGCAAUGUUGUGGCUGAUAAAAUACCUUGUUGACUAUCCCGACGUUCAAAUAAAGCUUAGGACUAUCCUGCGCGGUAAAUUUCCUAGCGCUGUCGAGGAAACUCGGUCUCCAAGCUUCCAGGAACUUCGAAGUGCCAAGAUUCCUUAUCUUGAGGCUUGUAUUGAGGAGAUGAACCGCCUGAACGCCUUCACUGUUACCCGACACGCACUACGAGAUACACAGAUCCUCGGGUACCCAAUUCCUCGCGGCACUGAGGUCUUUAUGGUUUCUAACGGACCAGGAUACUUGGCGCCAUCUCUGCCUGUCGAUAGUUCUAAGCGAACUGAAACUUCACGCACAGCUAAAUUGAGGGACAAGUGGGACGAUACUCAAGACUUGACAAUUUUCCAACCUGAUCGCUGGCUCGUCGAUUCAGGGGAUGGAAAUGUCGACUUCGAUGGAGCGGCUGGGCCGCAGCUUGUCUUUGGCCUGGGACCGCGUGCAUGUUGGGGCCGGAGGUUGGCCCACCUAGAGCUCAGGACUGUGAUAGCUCUGUUGAUUUGGAAUUAUGAGCUACUAAAGGUGCCUCAAGCUCUGAACAGCUACGGUGCUCAUGAAGGUAUCGCACGCGUACCGCACGUUUGUUAUAUCAGGUUGAAAGAAGCUCAGAUAGAGAAAAAUGAUUGA